ACACAACACCCUUUUAUUGCAUUUGAUUGUUCUGUUGCCGCUUCCACGUGCUGUGUAUGAAGCGUUCUGAUAAAUAAGUUUUUAUUUAAUUUGGCCUUAAUAAUUAAACAAAUAUACAAUGGGACGAAAAGCUGAGUAUGAUACGAAAGUCAAAAAGGGUCCUGGUCGUAAGGCACGCAAGCAGGGCGCUCCUACAUUUCCAAAAAAGUCUUUUGCUCCUCUGGAUGAUGAAGACAAGAAAUUAUCACAUCGUCAAAAACAACGAGUGGCUAAAAGAGUUCAGAAAAAAGAAGUUCAAAAAGCUAAACAGAAACAAAAUAAAGCAAAUAACAAAGUAGCAAGUAAACAGAAGAAAUACAAUAGCGACAGUGAAGAUGAAAAUGAAGCUGAUAUACAACAAGACCAGGGUCUUAACGGAAUUACUAAACAGAAAAAAAUCAAAAAAUUAUUACCAACAAAUGGAUUCACUGACGAAAAUCAGGAAUGGUUAAAACCCAAACAGAAAAAAUCUAAAGCACAAGUUGAAGUUAGUGAAGAAUUUAAUAGCGACGACGAAGAUAAUAGUGAUGAACAUGAUGAUGAAGAGCUAUCUGAUGGUGACAACAUGGAAGACGGUGAUAAUAUUGAAGAGGCUGAAGAUGACAGUAGUGGUGAUGAUGAUAAUGAUAAUGAUAAUGAUGACGAUGAUGAUGAUGAUUUCGAAAAUGAAGCAGAAGAAAACGAAAGUGAUGAAGAAAACACUACUGACAAAUUAAAAGUUGGUAAAUUGGAUGAUCUUUCUGACGAAGCAAAUUCAGAUGAUGAUUUUGAUAUAUCAGAAGAUGAGGAUGCAUUAAAUAAAACAAAAGCUGGAAACGAUUCUGAUAUAGAUGAUGAUGAGGAUGAGGAUGGUGAUGAAGAUGAUGAUCUCUUGCCUAUUGAACGUGCAAAUAAAAAGCUUAAGCAGCGUGAGAAAAAGGAAGCUAAAUUAGCUGCUGCUGAAAUGCAAAUGUCAAUUGAUAAUCAAGAAAUAUUUCGGUUUCCCGAUGAAAAUGAAGAUCCGGAAAAGGAAAUUACGUUGCAAGAAGUUCAACAACGCAUAAAGGAUAUUACUUUGGUAUUAUCGGAUUUCAAAAAAUAUCGCCAACCUGAUAGAUCACGUCCAGAAUACUUAACUUUGUUACGUCAAGACUUAUGUUUAUAUUACAGUUAUAAUGAGUUCUUAAUGGAAAAGUUAAUGGAUAUGUUCCCUUUAACAGAACUGAUGGAAUAUCUAGAAUCGUCGGAGGUGGCUCGACCAUUGACAAUUCGUACAAACUCUUUAAAAACACGUCGUAGAGAUUUGGCUGCAGCUCUCAUUAAUCGGGGUGUCAACUUAGAUCCUUUAGGAAAAUGGACUAAAGUAGGUUUAGUUAUAUAUAAUGCGCAAGUUCCACUUGGAGCUACACCAGAGUACUUAGCUGGCCAUUAUAUGAUACAAGGGGCUUCGUCUAUGCUUCCUGUAAUGGCGUUGGCGCCACAGGAAAAUGAACGUAUUCUAGAUAUGUGUGCUGCACCUGGUGGCAAAGCAUCACAUAUUGCUUCAAUAAUGAAAAAUACUGGAGUAUUAUUUGCAAAUGAUGCUAACCGUGAUCGCACUAAGGCUAUUGUAGCUAAUUUCCAUCGUUUGGGUAUUAUAAACAGCAUAGUAAGCUGUGAAGAUGGUUGCAAAUUUCGAUCUGUAAUGACUGGAUUCGAUCGUGUUUUAUUGGAUGCACCAUGUACAGGUACUGGUGUUGUAGCAAAAGAUCCAAGUGUCAAGACGACAAAAUCUUCUGUGGAUGUGCAGCGUUGUUACAAUCUACAGCGCAAAUUGUUACUUACAGCUAUUGACUGUGUGAAUGCGAAAUCAACUACUGGUGGUUAUAUAGUGUACUCAACAUGUUCAAUUCUACCCGAGGAAAAUGAAUGGGUAGUUGAUUAUGUACUGAAAAAGCGCAAUGUUAAAUUGGUACCUACAGGACUUGACUUUGGUGUAGAAGGUUUUACCAAAUAUCGACAAUUUCGUUUUCAUCCUAGUUUGAAUCUUACUAGACGUUAUUAUCCGCAUACGCAUAAUAUGGAUGGAUUUUUUGUUGCAAAAUUCAAGAAGUUUUCGAAUACUAUUCCAAUAACAAAGGAAGAACAAGAGGAAGAUGAAAAGCAACUGGACGAAGCAAUUGCUGCCACAUAUGGAGACAGUAAAACCAGUACAGAGAAUACAGAUAAUGCAAAUGAAAGUUCUGAAGAAAACGUGCCUAAAAAACCAUCUAAGCGUGCGGGUAAACCAUUGCUAACAGAAGUAGAGCAGGAUAUUAAGAAGAGAAAAUUGGAACAAGGUAAAAAGAAAUAUGUAGCAAAUGUUUUUGAGAAACCUAUUAAAAUAGCAAAGAAAAAGAAAACUGAAGAAACGGAAACUAAACAUAUCUCACCGAAAGAAAAUUUGGAUAAAAGCGCAAAGUUUAAAAAACAAAACAAAGUAGCUGAAAAGAAAGGGAACCUUAAAUUAUCAGAGAAAAAAAUAUAUAAAAUGGAAGAAGUUGUUAAAAAAGUAACUGAAGAAAGUACCACACAAAAAGAUGGUAGUAAAAAGGAACAAUCAAAAAAUCAAACAUUAAGCAAAAAACUAGAUAAAACCGUAGACAAAAAGAAAAAAGUAAUUGAAGACGUUCCAUUACUUGAAGGAAAACCUAUUAAGAAAUUAAAUAAAAUAAAACAGAAAUCCAAACAAAUUGGACAAAUCAAUCGUAAUGGAAAAAUUUGGUCAAACGGUGAUCUCUCCAGAGCAGAAUUGAGUUUCCGACAAUUCAUUACAGAGUUAAUAUAA